AUGGCUUCAACCAAUGGUUCCCCUCCACAAAUUUCACAUACUUCUCCACAAGGGACUACUGUCGGUGCCGAUGGGGAUUAUGCUGAUCAACAACCUGACGUAUCCUACACCAGUUAUUUUCAACAACCAGGCCUUCAUAAAUCAGAAGCCAUGCCUUAUCGUUCUUCGGUGUCACCUUCUGUUGGCAUGCAAUAUAAACCUGUCAGUGGUUCUGUAUUUGCAAAAAAUUAUCCAAAAUCUUCUACCUUAGAGAAUCAAAACAGCUCACAGUAUGCACAUAGAACUGGCAGUUUAACCAGCAGGUUACCCAAGAUUUUGACUAAGACCAUAAAAGAAAUGGAAAUUCAAAAAAAGGCUCCUCAUUUGCAUUCUAAUUUUACAGCCGCCGCACCUCCAAGGACCUACAACCAAACAAGAAAUGUUUCAUCAUGUGCCAACCCAAGAAGCCAUGUCUUCCCGCAUACUAACUACAGACCAAGUGUCUCUAGUAAUUACAGACCAAAUUCCUCUACCAACUACAGACCGAAUUCUUCUACCAACUACAGACCAAAUUCCUCUACCAACUACAGACCGAAUUCCUCUACCAACUACAGACCGAAUUCUUCUACCAACUACAGACCGAAUUCUUCUACCAACUACAGACCAACUGGUGGAGUGUCUAAUGUAAAUGAUAGAUUUUUGUUGAGUGAGGAAUUCAGAAGUGGAGUAUCUGAAAUGUCAAAGGAAAUGACUCGGGGUCCUCGGUUUCAUCAAAAAAGUUCUCACCCACGUUCAUCUGUUGUUAAGGAUGAGUUUGCAAUCACAAUAUGCAGAGAUCGAUAUAAUCUUCCAGAUUUCCAAACUAAAUAUGAAAAUGCUAAGUUUUAUAUGAUUAAAUCUUUCAAUGAAGAUGACAUUCAUAAGGGUAUUAAACAUGAUGUUUGGACUAGCACUCCACACGGGAAUAAGAAGUUGAACGCUGCAUUCCAAAAUGCGGAAGCUAAAUUAAGUGAAACAGGCACGCAUUGCCCAGUCUUCCUCUUCUUUUCGGUUAAUGCAAGUGGGCAGUUUGUCGGAGUAGCUGAGAUGCUUGGGCCAGUGGACUUCAAAAAAGAUAUGAAGUUUUGGAAACUUGACAAAUACAACGGGUUCUUCCCGAUUAAGUGGCAUAUAAUAAAAGAUGUUCCAAAUCGCCAGUUUGUGCACAUCAUCCUUCAAAACAACGAGAACAAGUGUGUAACUUUCAGUAGGGACACACAAGAGAUUGGACUGAAAGAGGGUCUGGAAAUGCUGAAAAUAUUUAAAAGUUAUCAAGCUAAGACUUGUCUAUUGGAUGAUUUUGACUUCUAUGAAAAUCGAGAGAAGUUAAUACGUUCUGAUAAGAUUACUGAGCAUACAGGCCAAAAACAGGAAGUGUACAACAAUGACAGUUACUAUAACACUAUGAAGGCAAGAGAGGAGAGAAUAGAGAUGCAUUCAAGUGGUAGCAAUCAAGAAAGUCUGGUCAAACUAACAAAGAAUCUCUCUCUCAAUCCCUCUGUAAGACAAGGCUUUAGAUAA